ACUCAUUAUAUGGCGUCAAAGGACAUCAGCACUUUACAAAACGCAUUUCCAAACAUCCCACAUGAUAUCAUAGAAACUAUAUUGGAAAGUAAUCUCGGUGAUGUUGACAAAGCCUUUGAUAGCUUGUUGGAGAUGUCGGAUCCCGACUUUCACAGCAAUGACAACAGAGCCAACGAUAUGGCUACCUCAACAGCACGACCGGCAUCACAGCGGUCGCGAGUGUCAUUUCAAGAGCCCGUAGAUAAUUAUGUACAGCCAACAAUCAAUCACUGGCAAACAAACUCUCCACCUAGCCGUAGAGCAUCUUACGGAGAGGACGAUCAGAUCAGAAAGGAUGCUGAACUGGCAAGAAAACUUGCAGCGGAAGAUGAGGCUUCAACUGCACAGUCGAACUCAGCACUGACCACUCCAAAUACUUCCUGGAUUAACCCUCGUGUUCCACCUCCGCCAGUAUUUGGUGGCCAACCAUCACAACCUUAUACCAAUAACCCUAAUGGCUACAAGCCGCUUGCUAGUUCUUCGCAUUCGUCAUCGAAUCCAUUCAAUAUGCAAGAUGCCAUGGAUCAAAUACCGGCUAUACACCAAACCAUAGUGGAGCAAAGUAACAUGGCCAAGCAAAAAGCUAAAGACCUUUAUCAGCAAUUGAAGACGAUAAACAUGGCCAAACAUAGUGAUCUAGUGAAUGGAGGAUCUGUAGUUAACGGCCGGCAGAGCAAUAAUCCGUUUACUAUUCCACGCGUACCAGUAGCUCCCCAAGCAUCUUUCAAUCCGCCACGGCCCCCGCGCCCAGUAGGAAAUAGAACAAGCACAGCACUAGAUCAAAUAAGAGCAGACGAAGAAUUCGCUCGAAGGUUGUCGGAACAACAAUAUCGUGAGUCUCGAGCGCAACCAGGAGGCAAUGCUAGCUCUAACCAGCCCGUGGAUCACUCAGGUGAUGCAUUACAAGCGAUCAAUCCAUUUCAAGAAGAUGAAGACACAGAUCCACCACCGUAUGAAAGUCAUCGCAACGAUAGACUAGUUCCGCAAUAGGUUAAAACUUUAUGUAAAUUGAAUCGCUUAUAAUUUUUAUUUUUCGUAUUGUACAAUAACAUAACGUCGGAGGCGUAGAAAAAAUGAGGGCUGAUUUAAUCGCACAUGAAUGAG